AUGCCAACUGCCGGCUUCCAUUCUGCCCCAGUGGUUUUUCAACUAGCGUCAUUCGCUAUUCUUUUGGUGGCUACCAUCACUGUCCCAGUCACCAGACUGUUGUCGCUUGCCAAAGUAAACGGUAUAAUCUUUGGAACCCUUGGUUACUGUACCGACUCUUUUACCUGCUCGAAAGCUGCCGCCACUUAUGACGCUUCCCAAAUAGGAGAUGCCUCAGACUGGAUCAUGGGAACCUCUGCCAGAUCUACCCUUUCAAAGUUAUUGAUCAUCAUCCCUAUUGCCUGUUUCUUUGCCCUUGUCACCUUGAUCUUGGCCAUCAUAUCCCAUUUCUGUUUGACUUCAGGUUUCUUGGUGGUUGAGUUGGUGGUCACCAUCAUAGCCUUUUUGUUGGCCGCUUUGGUGUGUAUCGUUAGCUUCUUAUUAUUUUAUCCCCACGUCACCUACGGAAGUUGGAUCUUGAUUGCCUCGGCAGCUUUAUCCUUAGUAUCAGUGGUCUUCAUAGUUAUGGCCAUGGCGUUUUCCAGCAGAGAAAACGAUGCUUACGACAGUGAUGAAGAAGACCGUGGCGUCAUGAUCGAUAAAGUCGACAAUAAUAAUAACCUUUUCAGCAAUUAUGCGUCGAUCCCUCAACCUCCUCCAGCACAGACUUUCAUUGAUGAUGUUAAAGACGAUGAAGAUGAUGAUGAAGAUGACGAAAAAAAAUACGGUGCAUUCAAAACCACCACAAAAUCCGUCAAUGAUGAUUCAUAUUUUGAAAAUAAAAGUAACCGUUUUGAAAAUGUUGCGCCAACCGAUUUCACGGCUCGUGAUAAUUUCUUACCUCCAGUUCCUCCUCCUCACUCUUCGCAUUCAAAAACCACCCCUUACCCAUCUGGCGACGAAUUCAAUUUCACCCCAGUACCUCAACCCGGCUUCCAUGAUGAUAUCAGUGGUAGCGAUAAUCUGUACCACAGUGCCAACAAUGGCCAGUCUCAACAGCAAUUCCCAGGUCCUUCGAAUGUCGUUCAACAACCUCCCAAUUCCGUCCCAUACAACCAAAAUAGAAUGGUUUCUUCUCAAACCAGAAUGGCCAGCUCUGUUUACCCUGAUAGUAUCACCGGUCAAGGCGUACAACCAUCAAACAACUAUUAUGAAAAUGAUGGUUAUUACAAUGAUGUAAAUAACAAUGGGCCAAUUGAAGAAGAUUUUGAUGGGCUUGACAACAAUUCCGAUUUCACUAGCGUAUCUCAAAGACCUGCCAAUCCUUUGUACUAUCAAAAUUCUCAACCAGGUGGACAGACAUAUCAGCAACAACAACAACAACAACAACAACAACAACAACAAGGUAAUCAGUAUAAUCAACAACAGUACCAACCAAAUAAUCAAAGGUACCAGCAAAACAAUCAACAAUUCCAACCAAAUAAUCAAAGGUACCAGCAAAACAGUGAACAAUUCCAACCAAAUAAUCAGCAGAAUGGGGGAUCUCAGUAUGGUGAAUCUCAGCAUGGCGGCUCACUGUACAAUGGUUCCCAAGCUGGGGGAUAUGCUCCACAACAACCUCAAAGACCUCCACAACAGAAAGGCCCUUCUAAAUCUGAUAUCAUUUUGAACUCCAACCCUGAAUUCAGCUUAGGAAACGCUGGUCGUCCAAGGCCUAAUUUCAAAAGACCUGUCGGUAGAACUAACCCAGGCGGUGGUUACAAAAGACCAGGUGUGAAUGCUGGAAUUGUGACCCCAGCAUCAUUGAGCGGCGAUAGUCCAUACAAUCUUAGAUGA